AGAUGGUUCAGGACUUCCUACGCAUGCCCUUGAGAAGGGGUGGGUGGUCCACCUCGCCAGCGCUGGCCCAGCGGCAGCAGUAACCCCAGGCACCACGGGUGCUGUCAUGCACUAGACAGUCAAGGGCGGCGUGUUCACCAAGAGGUCCACUGUGCCUGUUAUGCAGGAUCGGUACCCGGAGGUCAAGAUCAACGUGACGGGCACUGAGUUUGUGGUGGUGAAGGAUUCGUCUUGUCUGGACACCAAUGCCAUCAUUCUGAAGGGCACCACUGUGCUCACCUACAAACCCUGUCUGCUUGACAGACCGUUCUCUGGCAGCCUGGCCGGCAUCGAGUGUUUUCCUGUCGGCUCGGCAGCGAGCAGCAGACAGCCUUGUCCAUCAUCGACCCAGUCAACGUGCAGGUGGAGCUGUGUGGCAGUCCCACCUACCAGAGCAGCUUUGGCCUUCUAGAUGUCUUCAACAUGGCGGACUUCCCAUCACUACUGGAGGUCAGGGUUCCGUCAAUGGUGGGGAUUGCAGAAAGGCCAUAUAAAGCACCUGCUCAUUUUCUGUUUCGACACAUCUUGUCCCAUUUCAUGCCUACUGAACUGAACAUCACAGGAAGGCCAAAAAGAUCAUCAAGGACAACAACCACCCGAGCCACUGCCUGUU